CUCGCUCGCUCCUUUCCGUACUAUCCCUGAAGUGAUCCCGCUGAUACAAACGAUAGUACUGCUGUAGCUUGAUUCCAGCACAUCAACUCCUGUCAAUUAACGAAGCGAACAUCAUGGCGAAGAAGAAGAAAAGCACGAAAAAGAAGAAGCGUGUGGCGGUGCACAUCAGGGAGAACAUCAAGGGCAAGAGAGAGGCCGCCGCCUCUGCGGAUGGGGAAGUCGGUGCCGACAAGCGAGCGCCCCUGCUGGCAGCCCCUUUGGGCGUAGGGAAGCCGAAGCGUCCUCGAGAGCCAGCAAACGAUGCAGCGUCACUGGGGAAGGCCAAAGACGACCCUGCCCGCAAAGAAAAAGAGCGUACUGACGCGAACAACUAUCUCGCGGGAUGGCUGGCCGUACGCAAGGCGAAAGAGGCCGCCGAAGAGGCGGGAGUUGCACCGCCUCCCGCAACAGGCGUGUGGAAGUUCAACAAGAACACACAGGCCUGGCUACUUCGGCAUGUCUUCUCUGAUGAUCAGAUCGACGACAAGAGGUUUGAGACUCUCUGCCUGUAUCUCGAAGGCCUCAAGGGAGCUGGCCGACAGGCGAGGGCGCGGGUGCUGGCCGCCGCACAAGCGAUCAUCGACAAGCACGGCCCCGAUGAGGGGAAGGAGCAAACGGCGGUGGAACGCGAGGCAGCGGCAGCGGAAGUCGCGACGGCUGACGACGAAACCGUCACGAACGAAACGGCAGCGGUUGUCCCGAGCGGGUACAACAGCGAUUCCACCGACGACGAGGCGGAGGAUAAUGAUGGCGGCGCUUUUGCGGUGGAACAGCAGGCGGGAGGGGAAGGGGGGGUAGCGGCGUUAACCCCGGCGGCGACAAAAGCAGGCAAUGCGGGGGAAUUCUCUUUCGGGUUCUUUGAUGGCACCGCUGAGGAGGCGACCUCCAAGACGGCGGCGAAGGAGGAAUCAGAUAGCGAUGGUAGCAGCAGCAGCAGCGAUGACGAAGAGGGUGGCGACGGUGGAGGUGCGGUGGAAGACCUGUCGCCCGCAACCAAGAAGCCGAGGAAAGCCCGAUCAGCCUUGACCGGCAAGUCUAAGGCGGAGGCAAAGGCUAAGGCUGCCGCGGUGGCGUACGAGAGGGCCCUCCAGGUAGCAGAAGUGCUCGCCUAGAGGCACUCGUCGUACCAGUGGUAGCGUUCGCAACCCGUACAACUCGCCAUGUAGGCGGCCGAAACUCUCUACUACAACUCGCCACGUAAGCGGUCGAAACUCUCGAUACAGAGGUUAGCGCCCGCACUCUAGAACCACUUGUGGUCAUGCUACGAAUGGACGCCGUAUAGGUUGUAAUGUAGGGGCUCUUACCCGAGCUCACAGAUGGUCCUCAAAGUUCUUAGAUUUUUAGUUGUUUCGAGGUUCUAUUGGUUCACUGCGAAGUUGUCAAGUGACGGCGCCAACUCCAAAGUAGUGAUCUGCGAGAGCACCAGCUACUAUGUUACUGCAAUAUCUGCAUUUGUACCCCUCACACAGACUGCCACAGUCGACUCUGAGCAAACGUGCAAGUGACGCUCAUUUCGUGCUGGCUUCCGCCUGUGGCGUGCUCUGGCGUUGUGGGUGCAAGUUGUGUGCUACCUGUCCGUGAUUGGUGUGUGCCGAUGAGGAGGUGUGGUGUGGCUGUUACCGCUCUGCUUUGUUUGCAAGGACGAAUAUGUAGUAGUCGUUGGUCUCCUACUUGCGACGCCUAUGUAUCAUAGGUGAAGCCCAUUUCUGUACAUGUCAGUCUUUUGUUGAAAUUCGCGAUGCAUGUGGCUGGUAUCAUAUGGCAUCAGGUCUGAAGUAGCUUUGCGUCUUUCACGCACAUGCGAGAAAACUUGUUGGUGUACAAUAAGCUAAACGCACGAAGUGGUCCCAUUUCUGGUGUCUGCCCUUCUUGAUGUGCAAAAGCAGACACAUGGCAGUCCUGGU